AUGGCUACUGCCCUAGCUCGAAUCUCUCGCAAGGCCCUAGCGGCUUCUCUCUCUCAGCACCGCCAGCUCAUCGUCCGUGCCGUCGCCACUGAGGCGGCAUCGUCGAGAACGAUCAGUCCGUCGCCGGAUCAAGUGAAAUGGGAUUACCGAGGUCAGCGGCAGAUAAUCCCGCUGGGCCAGUGGCUCCCCAAGAUCGCCGUCGACGCCUACGUUGCACCCAACGUCGUCCUCGCCGGUCAGGUUAAGGUUUGCGACGGAGCAUCUGUGUGGAAUGGCUCAGUACUCCGGGGCGAUCUCAACAAGAUCACUGUCGGAUUCUGCUCCAACGUUCAGGAGCGAUGUGUCCUUCAUGCCGCCUGGAAUUCUCCAACAGGACUGCCGGCCGAGACAUCAAUUGAUAGGUUUGUAACCGUUGGGGCAUACUCUCUGUUGAGAUCAUGUACAAUUGAGCCAGAAUGCAUCAUUGGGCAGCAUUCUAUCCUCAUGGAAGGCUCUCUGGUGGAGACGCACUCCAUUCUUGAAGCUGGCUCGGUUGUUCCCCCGGGGAGGAGAAUUCCGACAGGCGAACUUUGGGCUGGAAAUCCGGCGAGGUUUGUCCGGACUUUGACCCACGAAGAGACGCUGGAAAUUCCUAAGCUCGCCGUGGCAAUCAACGAUCUAAGCAAUAGCUACUUCUCAGAGUUUCUGCCCUAUUCCACUGUUUACUUAGAAGUGGAGAAGCUGAAGAAGAAGUUGGGGAUCUCUAUCUGA